AUGGCUUUUACCGUCCAGGCAACUCCACUGCCUCCAGCGUCUCGUCCAGAGGAGAUCUUCUCGCCAGCUCAGUGGGAGACUCUCCUUGCUGUGGCAGACACUAUCAUCCCAUCUAUAAGCUGUACGGACUCUGCCAGCUCUUCGGCCAGCCAUGUCGUUGGUCAGUCAGAGUUCGACGCGCUUGCUUCCUCACUCCGGCCAGAGACCGUUGAAGACGAGUCCGAGGCUACGAAGGCUGCAACUCGGUACCUGAAAGAGAGUGCGUCUUCGAUUCCAGGGUUCAAGGAAAGCUUGUGCUUUACAUUAGGCCGUCAUGUUCAUCGAGAAGGCCUCAAGGGCAUCGGGUCGGUUCUGGCCGGGCUCAACAACUGUACAGUCUCACUCCUGCUCACCGGAUCACGGAUACCCUUUCAACACCACCCCUAUAGUGUGCGUAGGAAGAUAUUUUCUUCCUGGAGGACAUCAUAUCUGCCGCCCUUGCGCGCUGCUCACCGUGCCCUCGUGGCCCUUAGCAAAAAGGCGUGGGUUGGCGUGAGCCCGUCAUUGCCCGUCGUUCUCGGAUUUCCCAACGUCCCUGUCCAUAGAAUGACCAGCGAGAACUACCCUUAUUCCUUCCUUCAGUUGCCUGCUGGAGACCAGCCCGAAAUUAUCGAGACAGACGUGGUUAUUGUGGGGAGUGGCUGUGGUGCUGGUGUGGCCGCAAAGAACCUCGCAGAGGCUGGCCAUAGGGUCAUCGUGGUCGAAAAGUCUUACUUCUUCCCCAACAACCGCUACCCUAUGGCCGGAAGGGAAGGGACUUUCCAUAUGUUCAGCAAUGGAGGCGCCGAAUUAUCAGACGAUGGCUCAAUAGGCGUCGUCUCCGGCUCGACCUGGGGAGGAGGCGGCACUAUCAACUGGUCGGCGGCACUGCAGACCCAGUCGAUGGUACGGGAGGAAUGGGCCAACGGAGGGCUACCUUUCUUCACCUCUUCUGCCUACCAGACCUCCUUGGACCGGGUGUGUGACUACAUGGGAGUGUCUAGUGACUUCAUUGAACAAAACCAUGGAAACAGCGUACUGCUCGAAGGUGCACGUAAGCUGGGGUAUACAGCUAGGGCUGUACCCCAGAACACCGGCCAUCAGAAGCAUGACUGUGGAUACUGCACGUUGGGCUGUGCCGCCGGCAUCAAACAGGGGCCCGCAGUGACCUUCCUUGCCGAUGCAGCACGAGCGGGGGCAACAUUCAUUGAGGGCUUUAAGGCAGAAAAAGUUCUGUUCGGGAAGAAGCUGUUCAAGGGCAAGAAGGUCGCGGUUGGUGUCCAAGGAACAUGGACUUCACGAGAUGCCUCCGGCGCAACCCAUGGCGAGCCAACUGUGACAAGAAAGGUUGUAAUCAAGGCGAAAAAAGUUGUGGUCUCAUGUGGGACGCUGGAGAGCCCCUUGUUGCUUCUUCGUAGCGGGAUUAGCAAUCCUCAAGUUGGCCGUAACCUCCAUCUUCACCCAGUUGUUAUUAUGUCCGCAGUGUUCGAACAUGAAACUCGGCCAUGGGAAGGCGCUAUAUUGACCUCCCUUGUUAGUGAUUUUGAAAACCUCGAUGGCCGCGGACAUGGAUCGAAGAUUGAGGCUGUCGUUAUGCUUCCGAGCUUCUUCCUUCCCCUGAUGCCGUGGAAAGAUGGACUCGAUUUCAAGAUCUUUGCUUCCAACGCGCGCCGAAUGGCUGGCUUCAUUAGUUUAACCCGUGAUAGGGACACAGGUAGAGUAUAUCCUGAUCCUAACGACGGGAGGUGCAGAAUUGAGUAUACCCCCUCUGCGUUUGACCGAAAACAUAUAUUAGAAGGAAUCAUUGGUGCUGCGAAGAUAGCCUACGUAUCUGGCGCAAAAGAAAUUCGAACUUCGUCUCAAGCCAUCCCGACGUUUGUCCGCCCGGAACCGUCCGCCAUGUCAGAUGCGGAUUUGGUUGAUGAAGGGAUCAAUAAUGCAGCCUUCCAGGAGUGGAUUAAAAAGCUUCGUACUGGUGUUCCUCUCCCGGUUGAACAGUCCAUGUUUGCAAGUGCCCAUCAAAUGGGUACAUGUCGCAUGGGCACAUCUCCAAAGACCAGCGUUGUUGACCCUACCGGCAUGGUAUGGGGAACCUCCGGCCUCUAUGUUGCUGAUGCCUCGGUAUUUCCAAGUGCUAGCGGCGUCAAUCCAAUGAUAACAAACAUGGCCAUCACAGAUCUGACAAGCAGGAAACUUGCAGAGCUUAUGCGUCAGGGUCCAGAAGUUGGCCGGUCACGGCUAUAG